AUGCAGCAGCAAAGCCCACCCGAGUUUAUCCUAGACGCUUUCGCGGACCCGGCCUCCGUUAGGGACGUCGUCAAAGGGAUUCUUCACACCAUCUUCUUCCACCGCUUCUUCCCCGCCGUCGUCCCUUACACCCGCGAGGUCCUCGACCUGACCCUUCCCUACGUCGACGAUGUCGAACUCGAGACCAUGAUUGAGCAGCGUGCCACGGCCCUUGUCCGCCAGCUCGAUGCGGAGCGCUCUUCUACGAACCCUGCCUCUGCGGGCGGUGGCAGCGGCGGGCGCGGGCAGUUGAACGUCCAGUUCUUCGAGAAGAAGCGCCGGAAGGCCUGGCUCAUGCGCGGCGACGAAGAGGUCUGUUGGGAGUGCUGGACGGUUAAGGUCACAGUCGCAGAGCCUAGAACGGAGACUGAGAGGGCAAAAGUCCGCAAGGCCAUGGAGCAGACACUGAUGACGACCGUCAUGAAGGUCAUCACCUUCGUGAACGCCCACAAGGACCACAUCCCCCCCAUCACCACGCAGGGGUCGAAUCCGUUCCCGUACCAAAUCAACAUCAACCAGAAAGAGAGUGGCUGGGCCACGCGGAUGGGCAUAUACUGA